AUGUUCAAGCGCAUCUUUACCUUUUUCCUAUCGUCCAUGGUUGGAUGCACCGUUACUCAAGCUGCUGGAUUAAUCAACCAGGGUCGUGGAGCUCAGACGUGCGCAGACCCAAGCCUCUCUGUGACGUUUUUCGCAGGGUAUAGUAUGCAGAACACAUUUCAUGUUGUUGCCCCCCGCUGGUUAUUCGUCAACCAACACAGUCUCGGAGGAGCAGACUGGCAACUUCAAGGAGCGCUUUUCCGGGCAUGGCAGACGCCUCAGGAUUUCACAUUUCCGAUGUACCGAUUAUUCAAUCCAGUUACCACCGACUGGAUCAUCGCUCUCUCCACGGACGGGACCGUUCCUGUGGUCAGCGGAUUCGAUAACGCGGACACAGAGUUAUUUGGAUACGCCUAUUCAACACAGGUCUGUGGUAGCGUCCCCCUCAUAGGCGCAUCCCUCCAGAGCAAAGGAGAUCAUUGGUAUACCAUCGAUACGAACGAGCAUUCCUCUCUCCUGGCAGCAGGAUGGGUCGAUGCAGGAACCGUGGCAUUUGUGCUUCCGUUGAACGAUUGCGAAUGCAGUCUCAGCCAAUGA